CCGACUCCUCCUCUAUGCCUUUUUCUUGUCAAAUCUCUGUAGCUUUUAUGCUCACUGAAAUUUAGGGUUUAAGGUUUUCGAAUUUCAUUUUUUCGAAUUUGGUUCUCUCUCGUUGCUCAGCAUCUGUAUAAUGUCGAUGAAUUUUCCGUUUAUGUAAGAUUUCGUUCGAGGAUCGGAGGAGUUCUCCAACAAUGGCGGCCAAUGUUCCACCUGAGCUGGCUUCAGGAAACCCUUGCUGCCUCGCGUGGCAAGAGAAGUACAUAGCCAUGAAGAAGAGGCGUGAUUACUGUAAACAAGCGAUAGAUAUUCUCCAGCAGGCCAUGGAGAAAGCCAAUGUCGAGAAAAAACUUGUGGAGGCUGACAGAGACACUAAGGGAAUUGAUUCUGCGGUGAAAGCAUCUAUGGAGAAAGAAAUCUCUGAUCUGAAAUCUGAGGUAUUGUCUUUGCAACAAAGGUUGGCGCAAAACCUUAAAAAGAAAAGUGAAGAAACAAAGCUUAUUAAGGAUAAAGCUUCUAGUAGAGAAAAAGAGAUCAGUGAGCUGAAGGACCUCCUUAAGAAAGAAACAUUGAGGGCUGAUAAUUCUGAAGAAGAGAGGGAAAAGGUUUGUAAAGAAUUGAACAAGACAAAGGCUGCAAUGGUAAAAUAUGAGGAUAUCAAGCCAGAAUUUCCUGAACUGAAGAAGGAAAUAAGUCUGAUUAAAAGUAUUCUUGCAAGCGAGAGGCAGAAGACAGAGUCAGAGAGGGAGAAAGCAGAUUCAGAAAAAAAGAAAGCUGAUCAGUAUCUUUCGGAUUUGCGUAUGGUGACCUCAAAUCUUGAGACUGUUAAAAAGCAGCUUGAGUUGGAAAAACAAAAGACACUGAAAGAGAGAAAACGUGCAGAGAUGGAGAGUGGAAAAGCUAGGGAACAUAUAAAGCUGGCAGAAGAGUUGUCUAAGAAGUUUGAGAUUAUUAGAGCUAGAAAUGAAGAGCUCAAGAAAGAUGCAGAAUUGCAGAGCGCUAGUAGCAAAGUAAAAUCUGCUGAAAACUCAGCAAAACUGGAAGAGAAGACAAAGCUCCUUGAGAUGAAUAAGAAAACCGCGAUGGAAUGGAAGUCUCGUGCUGAUGAUCUGACUCAGCAGUUAAGAGAAGCACAGCUAGUGACUGAGGGUUUGAAAAAACAGUUGCAUGAGCUUUCACUUUCCCAGAAAUCCACCGAGAGUCGUUCUGUUCCUCCUCAUAAAGUCGGAGAUCUGGAAAAGGCUAAAGUGAGGCUUUUGAAAAAAGAGCUGAACUUGGAGAAGAAAAGUGCAAAGCAUUUUAAAAAAGUGGCUGAGUUUGAAAAAUCUCGAAGGGAAAUUCAGGAGGAAGAGAUAGGUCGGUUGAAACUGGAGUUCGGUAGUAUGACAAAUCGCUUGAAUUUACUGGGUGAGUAUCCUUCAAGAGGCGUUGAAGAUACAGCUGGUCUUGCAAAGGCGAAGGGAUGCAUGAAACUGCCGAUGCUACAAUCCCAGAAGAACCGUGAUGGUGAAGAGCAUUCUGACGCAAGACGCCAUUUGGUAGCCAGCCCUGGUUCUCAGGACCAGGCUCGCAAGUUUGCUGCCCAGUUAAUUCCUAUAUCUGGACGGGGCGUGAGUGAGUCUGUCUCAGGUACUACUUCUCAAUUGGAUUCUCUUACUGGAGGGUCUAGAGAAUUACAGAUUUCUGGAGUAAUUUCCAGCGCAACAUCUUUUUCUGAUGGGCAGUCACUGGCCUCACAGGGAAAAGAGCAGUUAUCUGUCACUACUUCAGCAGAAGUAGCUAAAGAUAAACUGAAUAUCCAACCAACAGAAUCAAGUAUGUUGAAGAAAGUUGAUACCAGGAAAAAUGGAAAUCUCUGUUUGGUGGCUGAGAACUCUCUUCAAAGUCGCCAGAGAGAUAGUCAUGAGGUAGAGCAUCCUCGAAAAAGAAAAAGAAUGUCAGAGGCAGUUGAGUCUCGGAAGCAUCUGUUAUCUGAUGAUAAAAAUAAAAAGUUACAGAUUGGAGACAAGCUGAGCACCUUGCAGUCUAUGGUAGUAGAAACUGGGUAUAGGCCUUUAGAAAAGGAAGAAACCUUGGUCCCUGAUAUGCAAGGCGGCUCCUCUGGAAACUGCAUUACAACUUCCAAGAAAAGAAAGGUUCCUUGUGAGAAGAAGACAAUUAUGCCGACUUCUCUUGAGUUUAACCUGUCAGCCGAGACAGGUGACAAAGCUGGAAGUACACAGGUGGCUGAGAAAACUAUGUCCGUCUCUACUGCUAAAGGACAUGAUGCGGCUACAUUAUUUCUGGAGGACGUUAUUGCUACGGAUUAUAUGAAGUUGCUGGAGUUGGAUACACCGGAAGAAGAACAUCUUUACAGGAUGGCUAGAGAAUCGCUUCUGUCCCCGGAUCUUCCUCAGGUAGACUUUUUAGGUAGUGAAACCGUGAUUGAGGUAAACAAUCCUGCUAGGCCUCUUGACUUGGUUGCUAAUAAUAGCGUGGAUUUAUGUGACACCAUAAAUUCUAGUGAAGCUGUGCCAAUUAGAGUUGGAUUAGCUGCCACUAUGCCUCAUAGUCUCAACACUCAGAAUGCUUUAGUGACUGUCAUACUGCCAGCUGAGUCAACAGCAGUGCAUGAUCAUAUUCUUAAACACUUCGUUGUGUAUUCAAGUCUUGAAGACCAGGAUAGUAUCAUCAAAAUUUUCCAUGCUACAAACAGUUGUAUUCAACGAUGCCCAUCGGUUACUAGAGCACAGUGGGCAGUGCCCGCUAUUCUGUUCACUUUGAAAACGGAAGGAAACCUUUUCGCCGAGGAAAGGGCAUGUGUGUUCCUCUCCUUGCUGCUACAUAACUUCUCUGUGGUUUCCACAAUAAAGACUGGGAACACUCUGGAUGAUGAUUCUUGCUCCUGCUUGGAUUCUUUCUCAAAGCAUAUAUAUGGUGUUGUCGCUGAUAUUGAAGCUAAAGGUGUGCUCUGUGGAUUUUUGGAAGAACUCCUUAGUCUUCUUCAGGAGUUUCUUUCUGAGCAGAGGGUAUUAUCUUCUGUUAAUUCCUCAGAAACAUCUGAAUCUGAUUUAAGCUUCCCUGUCACCCCGAAUGGAUUUCUCUCCAGCAGAGUCGCUCUUACUGAUCAUUUGGUGGCUGGAAGUGCUAUUUUGGCGGCAAUAUGUACGGCGCUGGAUCGUGUUAGAUUUAUCCGUGAAGCUUCCUGUGAAAUCCUGUAUCAGCAGAGCCACGAGGAGAGCUCAAUGACACUGACCAUUCUUCACAUUUUUGCUUACAUUGCCGGAGAGAAGAUGAUUUCCACAAGUGGUGAUCAUGACAUAUCAAUUCCAGUGUUGAAAUGCAUUGUCAUGUUUCUAGAGAACAGACAUUUUGGUAAUGUGGAGGCAAAUGCGAAGUUGCACCCGGGCAAGAACAAGUGUCCAUUCUCAGACAUGUCUUCCUCGCUGGAGUCUGCAGCAUCCAUGCUCAUGAAAACGAUUCAGGAGUUUUCUCAGUCUAUUACUUUGCAUCAGAGCGUGACCGAGAAGACCGAGUAUAGGCCGGCACUCGAAGAUUUCCAGUGGGCAUUGGCCAGGAAUCGAACUAAUACGUUAUGCGACAUUCUGAUACUGGUGGAGCUUCUUGCUUGUUACACGGCAUGGGAUUGGACUAGAGCGAACAUUGUUGCACCGCUGCUUAAGAUCCUGGGAAUGCCAUUGCCAACGAAGUUUUCUUUUGCUAUCGUCAUUUUUCUUGGACAACUUAUCAGUAUUGGAGUGGAUCCUGGUGGCUACGAAAAUGAAGGAAUCUCGAACCUGAGAGAGAAACUGACAGCAUUUCUGCAGUGUAAGAGGACACUAGAAGCCGGUUUUGCAGUCCAGUUCGCAACCGUGCUCUCCCUCCUGAGGACGCUGCAGCUGGAUUUCUCAUUAGUCUUUCAAGGGAAAACCGCCAUGGCUCCUUCUUGCGUCGACCAACGCUUAUCUGCUCCAGCCAAUCUGAUUACCAAGUGGUUCACUCUGUUGAACGACGAACAACGAGGUUUCGCAAAUAGGUUUCUACAUAACCUCUGUGUUGUUAGCUGAUUCCUCGGUUCAAAAAAAAAAAAAAAAAAAAAUCAUCAAAAACAGUAAAAUUUUGGAUGUCUUUCACUUUUUGAUUAGUCAUCAUUGACUGGUUUUUUUUUAUUGGGGGGUUCGAGGAUGCAUAUAUAUAUCAAUGAAGGUUUCGAUUUUUCUACCAUUCCCGUAUAUAUUACUAAUCGUUAACUUCCUGUAUUUCUCUGUAUAUGUAAGAAUCUUUGUUAGUUCUUUUGACUUUUUAACUUGAUUAUGGAUUGAGGAAGUCAUGUGAACGAUCUAUGACUAUGCCUUUUAUCCUCAUUGUCUGACCAUACACGUCUAGAUAUUUGCCG